UCGGCCGCGAACGUCACGCCGUUCUCUCUCGUCGCACGUGCGUCUGCCAUGAUCGUUGUCGCUCUCCGAAAAUCGGGUUUUCUCACAUUGGAUUUCACAUCGAAUUACUGUGAAUCAGCGAAAGUGUUAUGUGAAUUUUAACGCUGGGUUUUUUAAUAUAACUCUAUGCGGCUGGAACCGUCUCUUUGUCUAAGUCUUUGUCUUCAAACCGUCCGAUUAUCGCCAACCGGCCUCAUGGUUUCAAAGUGUUAUUCUCUGAUUUUUAAAGUCCGCAUUUAAUAAAAAUUUCUAUCCAACUGAGGGUCUCAGUCGUGAUUUUGAAGUCCUUCAAACGCUUGCUCAUCCGGCAAAAAUGUGUUUAAUACCUGAAUUUUAACACCAAUAUGCAUUUGAUUCCGCGUGGUUCAAAUUGUUCGUUUCACUGAUGAUUCUAUGCAAACCCGUGUAAAAGUUUUGCGAAUCCCCGAUCUGGUUCGGUAGAGGUGUGGAGUUUUUAUCUAAAUUUUGACGUUGGAAUCUCACACAACUGCACGUGGCUGAAAUUGUUUAAUUUCACCCAGAAUCUAUCGUAUAUCACCGACAUAAAGCUCUUCAAAUAGCUAUUUUGACGUUGAAUGUGCAGUGUUAUUUCUGGAAUUUUAACCUCAGUGUUUUUCAACCUCGCGUGAAAUGAGAGUCGUCCCCUGUGUCACGUUUGAAUGCAUAUAUUCAUUCUCUUACAACAAAAACAGAUUUCUGUCGUAGAUUCCUGACGUCAUUUAAUAUUGCAGUUUAAAAUUGUGUUUGUGCGUGCUUCAAAAGUGCUUUCCCCAUAUUCACUGCUCACAUUUGUGAUACCGAUUGGUCGCUUUAAUGUCCGUUGUAUUUUACUGUCAGAGUACAAUCUCGUUUUCUUCCUGUCGGAUUUGAAUUUGCGCUAGAGUUGCCUCACUAUUUUCAAGUACAAUGAAAAACUGAAUGAAAGUGUUAAAAGAUAAAGUUGAUUUUCUCUUCUACCUCUCGAUCGGUUAGUUUCUAGUAAAUCCCUUGCAAUGGGAGCCUCAAAGUUCCUCGGCUUUGUGAAAGCGUUUUUGCUGUUGUGUUUGUUCCAAGAAUUGAGGAUUAUUCGAUUGUUCCAAACAGAAGCUUCGGAAUAUUACAACUUCUACGCCACAUACUUGAAGCAGCCAUGCUGUGCCAGCCAUGUGCGACAUCAUAAAGAUCACGUCCGGGAGUUCACCUGUGGUCGCAUGUUUUACCGCACGCUUUUCCUCGAUGAGAAGCGGGAUACACUUUACGUCGGAGCCAUGGACCAUGUAUAUAAACUGAACUUAAGCAAUAUUAGUCAAUCUCACUGUGAGAAGGAUUCCCUAGUUUUAGAGCCUACAAACGUCGCAAAUUGUGUUUCAAAAGGAAAGUCAGAGCAUUUUGACUGUCGAAAUCACAUCCGGGUGAUUCAGCCGAUCGGCGAUGGCUCCAGGGUUUACAUUUGCGGCACCAAUGCUCAUGGCCCAAAAGACUGGGUUAUUUAUAGUAAUCUAACGGGGCUACCGCGGCAUGAGCACGUCCCGGGCGUGGGGAACGGGAUCGCCAAGUGCCCUUACGACCCGACGGACAACUCGACGGCGACCUGGGUGGAGAGUGGGAACCCGGGCAACCUGCCCGGCCUCUACACGGGCACCAACGCCGAAUUCACCAAGGCCGACACCGUCAUUUUCCGCACGGAGCUCUUCAACUUCACCACCAUGAAACGCGAGUUCUCCUACAAGCGAACCCUCAAAUACGACUCCAAGUGGCUCGACAAACCGGACUUCGUUGGAUCGUACGACGUGGGGCAGCACGUCCUGUUCUUCUUCCGGGAGACGGCCGUCGAGUACAUCAACUGCGGCAAAAGCGUCUUCUCGCGAGUGGCCCGAGUCUGCAAAAGAGACACCGGGGGCAAACACAUCCUCAGCCAGAACUGGGCCACCUAUCUCAAAGCCAGGCUCAACUGCUCCAUCCCCGGAGAAUUUCCCUUCUACUUUAAUGAAAUCCAGUCGAUCUACAAGGUGCCAGGCGAGGACAAGCUGUUCUACGGAGUGUUCACGACCUCGACGACCGGGCUCAUGGGCUCGGCGAUCUGCGCGUUCACCCUGGAGGACAUCGACCGGGCCUUCGCCGGGAAGUUCAAGGAGCAGGCGACGUCCAGCUCGGCGUGGCUCCCCGUCUUGUCGAACCGGGUCCCCGAGCCCCGGCCCGGCGAGUGCGUCAACGACACGGCCACCCUCCCCGACACGGUGCUCAACUUCAUCCGCUCGCACCCCCUCAUGGACGAGGCCGUCGGGCACCGCGACCACCGACCCGUCUUCUACAAGCGCGACGUCCUCUUCACCCACCUCGUCGUCGACACCCUCUCCUACGACGUCUUCGGCCACGUCCUCGACUACACCGUCUACUACGCCGGCACCAACACCGGUCAGGUCUACAAGGUCGUCCAGUGGUACAACGAUGACGGCGAGCCCUUCUCCUCCCUCCUCGAUAUCUUCGACGUCACCCCCGAUGAGCCCAUCCGCAGGAUGGAAAUCUCACGCACGCACAAAUCUUUGUAUGUUGCCUCUGAUGACCGUAUCCGACAAAUUGAGCUUGUUAUGUGCAACAGACGAUAUGAUAACUGCCUUCGCUGUGUUCAUGAUCCUUAUUGUGGUUGGGACAAAGAUUCUAAUACGUGUAAAGCGUAUGAACCAGGGUUGUUGCAAGAUGUCGGCAACCAGUCUCAUAGUAUCUGUGAUAGUUCAGUUGGUAGAAAGAAGCUAGUGGUAACUUGGGGUCAGAGCGUUCAUCUAAGUUGCUUCUUGAAAAUGCCCCAAGUUCUUAGUCUUCAUCCCAUAUCAUGGUAUCAUUAUAGCAAAGAAAAAGGGCGAUAUCAAAUUCAGUACCGAGGUGACAAAUACAUUAGCACAAGCGAGAGUGGUCUCGUCGUUGUGGCUGUCGCUGAGAGUGAUGCUGGACGCUAUGACUGUCAGCUGGGAGGUGCUCUGCUGUGUACAUUCAAUCUUACUGUUGAUGCUCAUAGAUGUGCUCCUCCGGGGAAGAAUGCCGACUAUCAUAAAGUUUAUUCGGACUGGUGUCAUGAGUUCCAGAAAUACAAACAUGCCAUGAAAACAUGGGAAAAGAAACAAGCACAAUGUAGCAGUAGACAGAAUGACACAUCGCUUUUAAAUCAGAACAGCCACCCAAAUGAUAUUUUUCGGAACUCGAUAGAUUGAAAAAUUAAAUCAACCACAGAUGUCUGAUUAAAUCAAUUAUCUACCUACAUCAUUGCCUUUGUACAGAUUAAGUAUUAAAUCAUAGUUUUGAAAACGGAACUUGCCUGUAUAAAUGUGCAUAGGUUUUCUUCUCCGUUUAUUCCCUCAUCGAACUAUUUUUUUUAUACACUGAAGUAAUCAUAAUUUUAUUUUGUUUACAAAUUGUAGUUUCUUGAGCUGAAUUUUUGUUGUAACCCUCACCACAUCAUUAGCCUGGAAUCGCAUUUAUUCAUCUGCAUAUUGUAAAUUGUUCUGCUAAGUUUAUGGUAUAAUUGAAGUAAAUGUUUAACGAUUUGAACAAAACUGUUAUAGUCACCUUCGCAAAUUCAUCCUCUUUCUCUCUCAGUCUCUCUGAAUUUUUUUGAUCGUAUCUUUUACCUGUUACAUCAGUUGUUAUGUAAAACGCAAAUCAUGGUGUGGAAAUUCCGGGCAUUUUAAAGUUUUCAAGCAUUCUUCUGUGUCAGUCUCUUUAUUCUGUAUUUCUUUUGCUGAGAUUGAAAGGGUCAAAAUACGUUUGCGGAUUAUUUUUUGGAAGCCCAUUUGCCUUUUUCUUAGUUUAUCUUUAAGUUAUUUUACUUUUUUUAGCUUUUAAUAUUAAAUUUUGGUUUUUAGUAUUAAGCCGCAAUACCUAAGAAAACUAAUUUCUGUGUUGGGGCUAUAAAUGUUGUUUUAAACUUGUUCCUUGCCAAAAAUUGUUUGUGUCCAGAUUCCCUCCAGACCAAGAAAUAACAUGAAAUACAGCAAAAUGUGACAGUUGUAAAGUAUGGAGUUUGUCAAAUAUUAGCAAUAUCUCUUGGUUGCAUGCAUUAGUACACUUGGUAUACUUUACAAUUAGUUCAAAAGCAGACCUACAUGUAGCGUUCUCACUGUCAUGUUGCACAAUAAUAAUAGCAUGUUGUGGAAAGACCGAUCGUAAUGAAGUGUUUGGCAGGGAACUCUUUAAUCGAAGAAAAUCUAACUCAUUUGGCUGUAGCUUGCACAAGCGUGAGUUCUUUUAGCUGCAUUUAAUGAAUUCCGAUUCUCAUAGGUGGGUGGAUGACAUUCAGAUAAAGGAUUUCUUCAUAAAAAUUUUCAUUUUACUACCUUUUAUGUCAUAUUUUAAUCUAACAACUCUAAGUCACCCUGAAAACUGUGCUCCUAAAAGGAACUAAAAUGUUCAUUUUAAAGCUGUUUGAUCUUUUGAAUUAUUUACCAUCUGUAAGAAAAUAAUUAUACUCUCGUAACGGUGUUAGAUUUGCCAUGCCUCCAAAUGAGGAAUAGAUCCCCCUCUAUUUUCUCUCUUUUCCUCCUUUUCAUUAGAAUACCUCUCAUUCAUUUUUUCUUACUUCACACUUUUCUGAUAGGUAUGAAAGUCUCAAAAAUUUUGUGACACUAGAAGUUCUCUGAUAUGAUCUCUUACAGGAUGGUAAAAUUUCCUAGAGCUGUAGACUUUAAAAAUUUAAUAAUAUUCCUAUUUGCCCUAUAUUUUCAGCAUUGAAAAGUAGCACAAUCCACCAAAUUUUAGUUAACUAAAUGUUGCUAAAAAGAGAGUGAACAAAUCUCUCAUCAUAUUUCCUACCGUCAUGUGAGAGUGAAUCAUUGACUGAAAUCUUUUAUUUGUUAACACUCACUUGGACUGGGCAUUGUAGCUUCAUAAAAGAAGACAUUAAUUCAUCCUUAAGAGUUAUUUUCUUCAUAAGGACAUUUAUAUGUCUGCCACCCUUUUACAUGAAUACUAAUAGUAUAUCAGGAAACUACACAUCAUCAGAUCGAUCGGUGGUUUUUUUUAUGUUGAUUGCAAUUAUGUGGGGGUUGGUUUACAGCAUGUAGAUAUAAAAACAGACGCCUCCCUCGUAAAAUGGCGACUGUCUGAUUCACUUGAGCUACAUCAGGCAGAUAGGCUUAACAGUAAAGAAAAGGACAAAAUGAUCCAAAAUAACUUUUCCAUGAGCGAAUCAGUGAUUUAGACACAUAUUUACAGCCUUACAUUUUAACCCAUCCCUGAGUAGGUAUUUGAUUUUUAAACUCUUACGUGUUUUUUUCCUGUCCUGCACCAAAACUCUCCUAUGACAGGAGUUUUAUUUAUUUUUGAAGCAGGAAAAAGUUGUAAAAUUUGUAGUUCUUAUGCAUAUUUAUUUUAGUUUAUAAUGUUUUUUGAUCAUUUUAUUUUUUAAUAUCAUUGCCGUAAGAAAAAAAAAAAAUCAUUUAUUAUUUUGUAAAUAAGUAUAUAGAAAUUACAGAAUAUCAUAGUUGUUGAUGUUUGUAAUUAGGUCAUUAUUUUUGAUCAGAUUGUAGAGAUGUAUCCUGGCAGCUCAUGUCAUCAAUCAUAGUGUAUAAAAUAAUGUUUUGGAAUCAAGUGCAUCAUCGAAGGAUGAAUAACUAAUAUCAAUCAGUUGGCUUGUUUUUAAGUGAUCAUAAUUUCAGUCGAAUUUUUCCGAUUGAGAUCCAUUAUCUGUGAUACAAACUUUUGUAGGGGAUAGUGUUUUUUCUCAUUUCCCCCUUUUUUUGUAAUUCCUUUUUUUCUUCUUUUAUCAUGAUUUCUAUUUAUUUGCCAUGAGAAUUCAUUGGGGGAAACUUUUCACGGUUAUUUAUCUGUACGUCUGCAAGUACUCUUUCGCUGAAGUAAAAACAUGUAAAUAUCUGGUGGUGGUGCUUCUAAUGUUAAUACGUUUUUCCCUAAUAUAUUUAUCAAGGUCAUGAUGAGUCUCUAAGUAGAGGUCUUUUAAGUGUCUUUAUUUGCAUGAAAAAGUGUGGCACACUGAAUUUGUUUCGCCUGCCCCAUCAACAUUUCAAAUACUCCUUUAUUAACGCAAGUAUCAUCCUUUAUCUAGCUUGGGUCUGAAACCACUCUUUAUUUCUUUUUUCCAAGUAGGCCUCUCAGUCCUCCAAUGCAACGGUUUGCCAUAUUGAAAACAAUAGAUCUCAAAAUACAUGAAUUUAUUUUUUAUAUCCAACCACUUCAUAAUCUUGUCAUAUCUAUUUUCCGUUACCUUUUCCUUUUUCUUCUUUCUCUCUUUUUCUUCCUCUCUCUUUCCUUCUGGCUUUCCCCCUUAUUUUUUAAUUGAAGAAAACAUGGCAGUUCAUCAACUUUUCGCGCUCAUGUCAAUCCAGAUAAUUGUGAAGUAACUGAGCCCUCCUGUGUUUAUUACUCUGGUUCAAUCUAUUUUAAUUUUAAUUCCUUUUGUGUAUUCCUUAAUUUUAAGUUUCAGUUUACUCAAAAAUUUAUUUAGUAUCUAAUGUAUGAUGAGUGAUCAUUGUUAAAACAUUUUCCUCCUCUUAUCUCAUCAAAGCAAUAAUUUUCGUUCCUCUCUCCUAACCCUUCUGGUUUAUGGGACUCUGAAUCAGAUCUGUUCUUAUUCCUUAAAGUGUUUAAUUGAUUUCUUAUAUUGCAUGUUGUUUCAUGAACUCCAAGAAAUGUGCCCCAUAAUAUCCAAUUUUGAUUUUUACUAAUUCCCCUCUAAAAUAUUGUUAACUUUUCCGUUUUUUAGCAGACUUUAGAAUCUGAACUACUGCAUAAGGAAUUAUUUUUUUUUUGGCAUGUAUCAUUUCAACUUUCUUACUACUUUUCAAUGAGAACAAAUAUCUAUGUAUUCCUCUUGAUAUUUACUCAAGCGAUGAAUUUUACUCAUAUAUCACUUCUUAGAUGGUUUCAGUUGAAAAAAAAAAAUAAAAACCCAUCAAUACCUUUUAAAUUUUGUAAAGUUUCUGUACAAAAAUAAUUCUAAGAUACAUUUACUGGGAGAAGAGUCUAUGAAGAAAAGCAUCAGCACUAUUUAAAUGAGGUCAUAAAAAUGUUUGAACUAACUAACAACGUUUGGUUCGCGUCAACAGUGUAACUUCUGUCAAGUUUAAAUGUGUCAUGAAGUCACACAUCAAAAUUUAAAUGAAAUUUUUAUAAAUUAAAAGAUGAGCUUCGGUUAGAUACAUUAAAUCAGAGCAUUGAAGUUUUCUAGAUCUAUUUUUUGAAGACUAUGGAAAUGAGAUUGUGCGGUAUAAGAUUAUUUUUGUCACAACUCACAAUUGGAAAGUACUUGGUAAAAAAUUGAAUUUUUCUAACUUCCAUCCAAUAAAUUUAAAAAAUGUAUUUAGAGGCUUUUAAAUAUUGCUCAGGUAUUGUUCCGCACAAAUUUUAUCCUCUUAUUCACAAAAGCAAUAAGUAUCCAUCCAAACCUUGAUAAUGGACAGAAAUGAAGCAUGCAGCAUCAUUCCUGUAUCAAUCAGCCAGUUUGCAUUUUGCUAGGGAAACAUUGAAUUCUCCACCCUAAGAAUGUUUUACACAUCACUGUAAUAGGAGUAACACGGAUAGUCUUCGGUUUAACACACUUGAUGCUCUAUUUUUAUGACCCUAGUGCAUAAUGGCCCUUCUUAUAGUGAAUGCCUUAUCCAAGAGAAGACCCAUUAAUCCAACAGGACUAUUUUAAUAAUUUCAUUGGAUGCAAUUUCAAAGUCUGUCCAGAUGUUCCCAUUUUCCCCCUCCUGUGCGGGUAUAGCUCUAAAUUUUCCUAAACUUUCUUAUUAUUUGGCAGUUUUCAGGUCAUGCCAAAUUAUUUCCAAGUACUUAAAUCUGUUUCUCCUGAUGUUAGAAUUAAAUAAUUACUUGCCAUUUUUCUAAGCUCUGUUUUGGAGAACAAUCUCACAUUAUUUCAUUAUUAUUUUUUUUUUAUUUAUUUCCUUUUUUUUGCAUAUUUGACAACUUAUUUGUCAAAGCUUUACUUAUACUUGAGAUUGUAUUAUUGUUUUGAUGACUGAAUUUGUAAAUUAAAAUAGUACCUUUAGUUCAUUAAUAAAAUGCUAAAUAAAGUAAAUUCUCACUAAUU